AUGAGUGUGGACUCUCAUGCGGACUGCACUAAUACCAUUGGAAACUAUGAGUGUACUUGCGCUAUUGGCUACACUGGAAAUGGAAUCACAUGUGACUGCAGAGAUGGGGAGAUUCUUCUGUAUGAUGGUAGUACACUCUCCACCAACCACUCCAAUGGAACUGUACUGGUUUGUCUGGACAAUGAGUAUGGUACUGUGUGUGAUGACUGGUGGGACCCUCUGGAUGCCACUGUUGUGUGUACUCAGCUGGGAUUCUCAGCUACUGGCUCUCUGCCAGUGGUCCGCUCUGGUCUGGGCAGUCCUCCUAACAGGUCUAUCUUCCUGGACAAUGUGGUGUGUACUGGAGGAGAGGGCAACCUCACAGAGUGUGGCUACACCACCAUCACUAACUGUGACAGAUCUGAGGAAGCUGGAGUCAGAUGUGAAAGGGCGAUACCUGUGUCUAGUGGUGCAUUUGGUGAUGAUAUUGAAUCAGCCGUCCUCUAUGACAUUGAUUGUUUGGGCAAUGAGACUGGAGUACUGAAUUGCCCCCUUUCUCACUCUGGAACCUGCCCUGAACACAGUGCCACUGUUAUUUGUCAAGACGAAGUUGGUGUUGUGGAUGUGACUCAGUUUCCUGGGGAUCCAAUUGGGCCGAUAUUCAUGGAUGAUAUUAGUUGUAAUGGUGAAGAGGAGACACUGUUAGACUGUGGGUUCACACUACUACAGAUGUGCAGUCACACACAUGAUGUUGGUGUCAUCUGCCAUCUCAAGAAUGCUGGGUUUGGAAGUGGAUUCUCUCGUCCCAUCCUCAUUGAUGAUGUCACGUGCAUUGGUGUUGAAGGCAACGUACUGGACUGUUCCUAUGACUCUGUCAGUAACUGUGACCACUCAGAGGACGCUGGAGUCAUCUGUGGUGCAGUCUGUCGCCGUGGAACUGUUAGACUGGCUAUUGGAGAUGUGAACCAACUUUACCAAAGCUUGGAAGAUGUAGAAAACAGUUAUUUCAUCAAGGACGAAUUGGCGAGGGGCAGAGUUGAAGUUUGCAUCGGGGGAAGAUAUGGCACAGUCUGUGAUAAAUCCUGGGACUUUGAGGAUGCAUCUGUUGUCUGUUCACAGCUUGGAUUUUCAUCCAAUGGAGCAAUUGCCAUCACUGGGGGUCAAUUCAGUAAUGCCUCAGUCUCAGUUGUGAUUGGCAGAGUAGAGUGCAUUGGUAAUGAGACCGGCCUGCUAGACUGUUCUCAUGUAACAGAGGCUCAUGAGGAAGUAACACACUGCGACCCUAUUGAAGUUGCAGCAGUCACCUGUAAUGAUCCUUCUACUACUUUUGCCGACUGUUUAACGGGGGAAGUAAGAUUUGUAGACCUUUCCAACAACGCAGAAGAGGAUUCUCGACAGGGAACAAUCCAGAUCUGUGUCAAUAAUGCCUGGGGCUCUGUGUGCAGUGAUAACAUAUUUGAUGAUAUUGAUGCUGAAAUAUUUUGUGAUCAACUGCCUGGUUUUAGUGCCAAUGAUGUAAAUGAAUGUGGGGCCGGGACAGCAGAAUGCCACAGCAAUGCUACUUGCUCUAACACAGUUGGAUCAUACAACUGUACAUGUGUCAAUGGAUAUGUUGGUGAUGGAAAGAAUUGCACGAGGAUAAAUCUGUGUGAAGAAGGACCCACUGACUGUGACAGUGAUGCUACAUGUCUGGACAGAGAUGGAGGCUAUGACUGUGAAUGUGAUGAUGGCUACACUGGCAAUGGAACAUACUGUGAAGAUAUUGACGAGUGUAAAUCGGGGAAUAAUUCAUGUCACACUGAUGGCAACUGCAGAAACACUGUAGGGAGCUACACAUGUGAAUGUCAUGCAGGGUUUUAUGGCGAUGGAUACACUUGUACAAAUGUAGAUGAGUGUGCCAAUUCAAGCCAGAACAACUGCAGUCUCGACGCAAACUGCACUGAUACCAUUGGAAGCUACGAGUGUACCUGUCUAACUGGCUACACAGGAGAUGGCGUUUUGUGCAUUGAUGUGAAUGAGUGCACUAACACAACUCCAUGUCACAGUAAUGCUAACUGCAGCAACACCAUUGGUAGUUUCAUAUGCACAUGUGUGGCUGGGUACUCUGGAGAUGGACUGUCUUGCAAUGAUAUCGAUGAAUGCACACUGGGUACUGACGAUUGUCAUGAAAAGGCGCAGUGCAACAAUACACUCGGAUCCUAUCGAUGCAUCUGUGAAGUAGGCUAUGCUGGUGAUGGAUAUAACUGCUCAGAUAUUGAUGAAUGUUUAGAGGACAUAGAUUUGUGCGACUCUCAUGCUGAUUGUGGGAAUACAAUUGGUAGUCAUGAAUGUACCUGCACAGUAGGAUACACAGGGAAUGGACUCAGUUGUGAUUGCAGAGAUGGGGAGAUUCUUCUGUAUGAUGGUAGUACACUCUCCACCAACCACUCCAAUGGAACUGUACUGGUUUGUCUGGACAAUGAGUACGGCACUGUGUGUGAUGACUGGUGGGACCCUCUGGAUGCCACUGUUGUGUGUACUCAGCUUGGAUUCUCAGCUACUGGCUCUCUGCCAGUGGUCCGCUCUGGUCUGGGCAGUCCUCCUAACAGGUCUAUCUUCCUGGACAAUGUGGUGUGUACUGGAGGAGAGGGCAGCCUCACAGAGUGUGGCUACACCACCAUCACUAACUGUGACAGAUCUGAGGAAGCUGGAGUCAGAUGUGAAGCCACAUGUACAGACGGUGAUGUCAGACUUGGUAUUGAUAACUUUACUGAGUUUUACGUCUCCAUUGAUGAGAAAGAGGAGUACUAUUUCGUUAAGGAUGAGUUAGCCAGGGGCAGGAUUGAGGUGUGUGUUGGUGGCAGAUAUGGAACUGUGUGUGGCGACAGUUGGUCUGACAAGGAUGCCUCUGUUGUCUGUUCUCAGCUGGGAUUUUCAGAAUACGGGGCAAAUGCCGUGUCUAGCGGUGCAUUUGGAGAUAACUUACAGUCUACGGUGCUGUAUGAGGUCAACUGCGCUGGAAAUGAGACCGAAAUACUGAGUUGCUCCCCAACAUUCUCUGGCACAUGCACUGAGCACAGUGCUGCUAUCAUUUGCCAAGACCGUGCCACAGAGCUGUCAAACUGCAGUAAUGGGGAGUUGAGACUCAUUGGAGCUGCCACUAGUAACCAGGGCAGACUUGAAGUGUGUAUGAAUGGAGCAUGGGGCAGUGUCUGUGAUAGUCAAGGUGUCUUCACUAAGGAUGAGGCCAAAGUAGCCUGCAGGCAGCUCGAUACAUUACAAGUUGAAGAUGAAGUCGAUGUUUUAGAUGCAAGCAUGUUUGGGGAACCUAGUGGACCGAUAUUGAUUGACAGAGUGAAGUGCAGUGGGGAUGAGAGCAGCCUGUCCAACUGUGUCAUGUCAGAAAUUCCCAUGUGUACCCAGAGUCAAGACGUGGGUAUCAUAUGCCAUGCUGCUGAUGACUGUCUAGUAAACAAUGCUGGAUGUGAUCAUGUCUGCACUGAGACUAUACGCAGCUAUUCCUGUUCUUGCUUCCCUGGAUACACCUUAGAGACAGAUGGACAUACUUGCAUCGAGGAUGCUGGAGUCAUCUGUGGUGCAGUUUGUCGCAGUGGAACUGUUAGACUGGCAAUAGGAGAUAUCAAUGACAUAUACCUAGGUCUUGAGGAUCUGGACGAUAGUUACUUCAUAAAAGAUGAAUUAGCCAGGGGUAGAGUGGAAGUUUGUGCUGAAGGGAGAUAUGGAACAGUGUGUGAUGACUACUGGGACUAUAAAGAUGCCUCUGUUGUAUGCUCCCAGCUUGGAUUCUCUAGCAAUGGAGCUAUAGCCAUCACUGGAGGUCACUUUAGCAAUGACUCCCUCUCAGUAGUAGUGGGGCAAGUGGAGUGUAAUGGCAACGAGACUAGCCUUGUGGAAUGUGCCCAUGAAAAUGAGAAUCAUCAGGAUGUGAAAAAUUGUGAUCCAAAUGAAAUUGCUGGAGUCACAUGUCAAGAUCCAUCCACUGAAUUUGCUGACUGUACAACAGGAGAAGUCAGAUUCACAGACUUCACUGAUAACCCAGAAGAGGAUUCUCGACAGGGAACUAUCCAGAUCUGUGUCAAUCAAGCCUGGGGCUCUGUUUGCAAUGAUCACUUCUUUGACAGCACAGAUGCUGAAGUAUUUUGUGAUCAACUUGUAGGCUUUAGCACUGAUGACGUUGAUGAAUGUAUGGAGGGAGGAGCAAACUGCCAUUCUAAUGCCACUUGUACCAACACUGAUGGCUCAUACAACUGCACUUGUGUGUACGGAUACAUUGGAGAUGGAGUAAACUGCACAAAAAUCAACUUGUGUGAAGUAGGACCCAUUGACUGCCACACUAAUGCUUCCUGUCUGGACAGAGAUGGAGGCUACGACUGUGAAUAUAUUGAUGAAUGUGUUUUAUCCAACACAAAUAAAUGUAGUGUGUAUGCCAACUGCACCGAUACCAUUGGAAGUUAUGAGUGUACCUGUUCAGAAGGCUUUGCAGGAGAUGGAAUUACAUGUCAUGACAUAAACGAGUGUGAGCUGGACACAGAUAUCUGUGACAACAAUGCAGAAUGCAAAAACACCAUCGGUUCUUACAACUGUAGCUGUGAAAUUGGUUAUUCUGGCAAUGGAUUCAACUGUACAGGCUCUCUGCCAGUGGUCCGCUCUGGUCUGGGCAGUCCUCCUAACAGGUCUAUCCUCCUGGACAAUGUGGUGUGUACUGGAGGAGAGGGCAGCCUCACAGAGUGUGGCUACACCACCAUCACUAACUGUGACAGAUCUGAGGAGGCUGGAGUCAGAUGUGAAGCCAAAUGCACUGAGGGAAAUGUCAGACUUGGAGUCAAGAAUUUCACUGAGUUUUACCGUUCAAUCGCCACGAUAGAGGAAUACUACUUCAUUAAGGAUGAGUUAGCCAGGGGUAGACUAGAGGUAUGUGUUGGAGAAGAAUAUGGAACAGUUUGUGAUGCGAAUUGGGACCAAGAGGAUGCUUCAGUUGUCUGCUCACAAUUAGGAUUCUCCCGCAAUGGAGCAAUAGCAGUAUCUAGUGGUGUGUUUGGAGAUGACAUAGACUCUGCAGUACUGUAUGGGGUUGGUUGUGUUGGAAAUGAGACUGGAAUACUCAACUGCUCUGUGUCUGACUCUGGGAUAUGUUCAGACCACAAUGCUGCAGUCAUCUGCCAAGAUGCAGCCACUAAGCCUUCAAACUGUAGUGAUGGAGAAUUACGAUUAGUUGGAGCAAUCACUAGUAACCAGGGCAGACUGGAAGUGUGUAUGAAUGGAGCAUGGGGCAGUGUCUGCGAUAGUCAGGGUGUUUUCACUAACGAUGAGGCUAAAGUAGCCUGCAGGCAGCUUGGAAAACUACAAGUUGAAGAUGAAGCUGAUGUUUUGGAUGCAAACUUGUUUGCAGAACAAAGAGUUCCUGUAUUUCUCGACGGCAUACGAUGUAGUGGCUCUGAAGGUUAUAUAUUUGAUUGCGAACACACAACAGUCCACAUGUGCAGUCAUGAUGAUGAUGUAGCAGUCAUCUGCCACCAUGUUUCCAGUCAAAGAAAGCUACUUUUGGUAGUGGAUUCUACUCGCCCAAUCCACUUGAUGACAUCACAUGUACUGGCAAUGAAGAGAACGUACUGGACUGUUCCUAUGACUCUGUCAGUAACUGUGACCACUCAGAGGAUGCUGGAGUCAUCUGUGGUGCAGUUUGUCUCAAUGGAACUAGGCAGAGUGGAGGUGUGUGUUGAAGGGGGUUAUGGUACGGUGUGUGAUGACGACUGGGAUUCACAAGAUGCUUCUGUUGUUUGCUCACAACUGGGAUUCUCUCCUUAUGGAGCCAUUGCUAUCACUGGAGGCCAUUUCAGUAAUGCAUCAGUACCAGUAGUGAUUGGUAAUGUGAGGUGUGGUGCUAAUGAGAGUAGUCUUUUUGACUGUUCGUAUGAGACAAGUGCUCAUGAAGAAGUGAGCCAGUGUGAUCCUAAUCAAGUGGCUGCAGUCGCUUGCCUAGAUUCUUCCACCGGGUUUGCUGAUUGUACAACAGGAGAAGUGAGAUUCGUAGACUUCACUGAUAACCCAGAAGAGGAUUCGCGACAGGGAACUAUCCAGAUCUGUGUCAAUAAUGCCUGGGGCUCUGUUUGCAAUGAUCACUUCUUUGACAGGACAGAUGCUGAAGUAUUUUGUGACCAACUUGUAGGCUUUAGCACUGAUGAUAACGAUGAAUGUGAGUCGGGGACUGAUCUAUGCCACGAGAAGGCUGCAUGUAACAACACUGUGGGGUCUUACCGGUGUACAUGCAUCGUGGGAUACUCGGGUGAUGGAUUCAACUGCAGUGAUUAUGAUGAAUGUGCUUUGGGGAUUGACUUCUGUGACACGCAUGCUGACUGCACUAACACCAUUGGAAGUCAUGGAUGUGCAUGCAGAAUCGGAUAUACUGGAGAUGGAAUCAGCUGCGAUUGCAGAGACGGAGAGGUUCUUCUGUAUGAUGGUAGUAGACUCUCCACCAACCACUCCAAUGGAACUGUACUGGUUUGUCUGGACAAUGAGUAUGGCACUGUGUGUGACGACUGGUGGGACCCUCUGGAUGCCACUGUUGUGUGUACUCAGCUGGGAUUCUCAGCUACUGGCUCUCUGCCAGUGGUCCGCUCUGGUCUGGGCAGUCCUCCUAACAGGUCUAUCUUCCUGGACAAUGUGGUGUGUACUGGAGGAGAGGGCAGCCUCACAGAGUGUGGCUACACCACCAUCACUAACUGUGACAGAUCUGAGGAAGCUGGAGUCAGAUGUGAAGCAACUUGUCGUGAAGGAGAUGUCCGAAUAGGAGUUGUCAACUUCACUAACUUCUUUAUUAACAUCGAUCAAUAUGCUGAUUACUAUUUCAUCAAGGAUGAAAUAGCUCGGGGCAGAGUUGAAGUUUGUACAGGGGGUACGUAUGGAACAGUUUGUGGUGAAGAUUGGGAAAAUCAAGAUGCUUCAGUUGUCUGCUCUCAACUGGGAUUCUCCCAUUAUGGAGCAAUUGCAUUGUCCAGCGGUGCUUUUGAAGAUGACAUAGGAUCCACUGUCCUUUAUAGUGUAGAGUGCUCUGGAAAUGAGACUGAACUACUGACUUGCUCAUAUUCUCUCUCGGGAUUAUGCACGGAGCAUAAUGCUGCCGUUAUCUGCCAAGAUCCAGCAACUAAUGUAUAUAACUGUACUGAUGGAGAGUUGAGACUGACUGGAGCAGCCACUACUAACCAGGGCAGACUGGAAGUGUGCAUAAAUGGAGCAUGGGGCAGUGUCUGUGACAGUAAACGUGUUUUCACGACUGAUGAGGCCGAAGUAGCAUGCAGGCAGCUUGGAAAACUACAAGUCGAAGAUGAAGUGAAUGUAUUGAGAGCCAGUGAUUUUGGAGAACCGACUGGACCAAUUUUCCUUGACCUGAUAGACUGCAGUGGUGAAGAAGAGAAUCUUCUGAACUGUGGAAGUACUGAAAUACACAUGUGCAGUCAUGGAGACGAUGUUGCCAUUAUUUGCCAUCUCUGUGAUGACUCAUGGGAUGAACUUGAUGCCAGAGUCAUCUGUAGACAACUGGGAUAUGAUUACUCGAAUGUUUAUCCAGCAAAGAAAGCUACUUUUGGUAGUGUAAAUUCUACUCGCCCAAUCACCCUUGAUGACAUCACAUGUACUGGCAAUGAAGAGAACGUACUGGACUGUUCCUAUGACUCUGUCAGUAACUGUGACCACUCAGAGGAUGCUGGAGUCAUCUGUGGUGCAGUUUGUCUCAAUGGAACUGUUAGACUAUCAACUGAGGAUAUGAAUGAAUUUUACCAAGACCCAGACACCCUGGAUGAUGAUUACUUUAUCAAAGAUGAGUUAGCCAGAGGCAGAGUGGAGGUGUGUGUUGAAGGGGGUAUGCUUGGAUUCUCCAGCAAUGGUGCAAUAGCUAUCACAGGAGGUCUGUACAGUGAUGCAUCAGUAUCAGUGCUGGUUGGCAGGGUAGAGUGUAUGGGUAAUGAAACUGGCCUUCUGGAGUGUGGUCACGUCACAGAUGGUCACGAAGAAGUUGAUGGAUGUGACCCUAGACAAACUGCAGCUGUUAGGUGCCAAGAUCGAUCCACUGAGUUUGCUGAUUGUGUAACCGGAGAUGUCAGAUUCGUAGACUUCUCAGACAAUAUCAACGAGGAUUCUCGACAGGGAACUAUUCAGAUCUGUAUCAAUAAUGCCUGGGGCUCUGUGUGUAGCGACAACUUCUUUGAUACUACAGAUGCAGCAGUGUUUUGCAGCGAACUCGAUGGGUUCAGCGACAGUGAUAUUGAUGAGUGUGCAGAAGAAAUAUCACAGUGUCACGAUAAUGCAACUUGCACUAACACCAUUGGAUCAUACAACUGCACAUGCGAGUAUGGCUACACUGGAGAUGGACUGAAUUGCACCAGGGUUAACUUGUGUGAAGUCGGACCCACUGACUGCCACACUAAUGCUAUCUGUCUGGACAGAGAUGGAGGCUAUGACUGUGAAUGUAAUGAUGGCUACACUGGCAAUGGAACAGACUGUGAAGACGUGGAUGAGUGUACAAUCGGCACUUUCUCCUGCCAUGCUAAUGCCAGCUGCACUAACACUAUUGGUAGUUAUGACUGUGAAUGCAGAUCUGGUUUCAUUGAAGAUGGUGCAACUUGCUUGAAUGUUGACGAAUGUAUGGAUACAACCGUUAACAACUGUAGUGUCAAUGCGAAUUGUAGUGACACCAUUGGGAGUUAUGAAUGCUUAUGUUCAUUUGGCUACACAGGAGAUGGGUUUAUAUGCGAUGAUGUUGAUGAGUGUUCUACCAGUGAGAUUCUUUGUCAUGUGAAUGCCAGUUGUUAUAACACCAAAGGCAACUACGGUUGUCAAUGUCUGCCUGGAUUCACUGGAGAUGGUUUCAACUGCUCAAAUAUUGAUGAAUGUGCAAGUUCAAAUAACUGUAGCUCUAAUGCUAACUGCAUUGACAACAUCGGAAGCUAUGAUUGUACCUGUUCUGCUGGUUAUGUUGGUGAUGGAUAUUCGUGUGAUGAUUUUGAUGAGUGUUCAAACGCAACUAUCUUUCCGUGUCAUCCCGUGGCUAACUGUACAAACACAGUUGGUAGCUUCUCGUGUACUUGUCUAUCAGGAUACACUGGAGAUGGCAUGACUUGUGAUGAUAUUGAUGAGUGUGAGCUCAACACCAAUGAUUGCAACAAAGACAAUGGAUUCUGCAACAACACUGUUGGAUCAUACACAUGUGCCUGCAACUUAGGAUUUAGUGGCGACGGAGUAAACUGUACAGACAUUGAUGAAUGUUUUGAGGAGUCAGAUGGAUGUGAUUCUCAUGCUGUUUGUACCAAUACCAUUGGAAGUCGUACAUGUUUCUGUAGUGUUGGUUAUACUGGAAAUGGAGAGACAUGUGACUGCAGAGUUGGGGAGAUUCUUCUCUAUGAUGGUAGUACACUCUCCACCAACCACUCCAAUGGAACUGUACUGGUUUGUCUGGACAAUGAGUAUGGUACUGUGUGUGAUGACUGGUGGGACCCUCUGGAUGCCACUGUUGUGUGUACUCAGCUGGGAUUCUCAGCUACUGGCUCUCUACCAGUGGUCCGCUCUGGUCUGGGCAGUCCUCCUAACAGGACUAUCUUCCUGGACAAUGUGUUGUGUACAGGAGGAGAGGGCAACCUCACAGAGUGUGGCUACACCACCAUCACUAACUGUGACAGAUCUGAGGAAGCUGGAGUCAGAUGUGAAGCAAUAUGCAGAGAAGGAGAUAUCAGGCUGGGAAUUGGAAACUUUACAGAAUUUCAUACAACCAUGCAAGAGUUUGAAGAGUACUUUUUCAUAAAGGAUGAAUUAGCCAGGGGGAGAAUAGAGGUUUGCAUUGGAGGUCGAUAUGGAACAAUAUGUGACCAUGACUGGAGCUCACAAGAUGCCUCAGUGAUCUGCUCUCAGCUUGGAUUUUCUGCUUAUGGUGCUAUUGCGGUGUCUAGUGGUGCAUUUGGAGAUGAUGUAGGGUCAGUAGUCCUGUACAGUGCGGGGUGUUCUGGGAUCGAGACAGAGAUACUGAGCUGCUCUGUGUCUUACUCUGGGACAUAUAGAGCAACAGAACCAUCCAACUGCACUGAUGAAGAGAUGCGAUUAUCUGGAGCUAUCACUAGUAACCAGGGCAGACUAGAAGUGUGUAUGAAUGGAGCAUGGGGCAGUGUCUGUGAUAGUCAAGGUGUUUUCACUACUGAUGAAGCUAAAGUAGCAUGCAGACAGCUUGGAAAACUGCAAGUUGAAGAUGAAGUUGGCAUUGUCGAUGUUACACAGUUUUCUAGCGUUCUCACAAGACCAAUAUUCGUGGACGAUGUUCACUGCACUGGUGAGGAGAGCGAUCUAUUUGGCUGCUUCUACACCACACUGCAUAGCUGCAAUCAUCUACAAGAUGUAGCCAUCAUCUGCCAUCCUGCGAGUGAAUGUGAAUUGGAUAAUGGAGGGUGUGAUCACUUUUGCACUGAGACUAUUGAGAGCUACUUCUGUUCAUGCUACCCCGGAUAUACCCUACAGGCAGACAAGCACACAUGUCUUGUUCGUAAUGCUGCGUUUGGAAGUGGAUUCUCUCGUCCUAUCCUAUUUGAUGACAUCACAUGCACUGGCAAUGAAGAGAACAUACUGGACUGUUCCUAUGACUCUUUUGCCCUCAAUGGAACUGUUAGACUAGCAGUUGGAGACAUCAAUGAACUUUACCAAGGUCUAGAGCUUCCAGAGGAUAGCUAUUUCAUCAAAGACGAGUUAUCAAGGGGAAGAGUGGAGGUCUGUGUUGGAGGGAUAUACGGAACCAUCUGUGAUGACCACUGGGACAAUAAUGAUGCAUCAGUUGUUUGCUUACAGCUUGGAUUUUCUCCCUAUGGAGCAAUUGCCAUCACUGGAGGUCUCUAUAGCAACAAUUCACUGCCAGUGGUUAUUGAGAGGGUAGAGUGUAGUGGUAGUGAGAAGGAUCUGAUGGAAUGCUCCAUUACCAAUGAAGAUUCGAGUCAGUGUGACCACAGGCAAACUGCAGCCAUUGCAUGUCAAGAUCCUUCCACAACAGUAUCUGGUAACUGUAAAACAGGAGAAGUGAGAUUUGUAGACUUCACUGAUAACCCAGAAGAGGAUUCUCGACAAGGAACUAUUCAGAUCUGUAUCAAUGAUGCCUGGGGCUUCAUAUGUGGCGAUGAUUACUUUGAUGAUACUGAUGCUAGUGUAUUUUGUGGUCAGCUCAGAGGUUUCGCGAGCACUGAUAUCAAUGAAUGUGAAGAAGGAACUGAUGUAUGUCACAACAAUGCCUCAUGUUCUAACACUGAGGGAUUUUAUAACUGCACCUGCAUUUAUGGCUACAUUGGAGACGGGAUCAAUUGCACAAGAAUUGAUUUGUGUGAAGUAGGACCCACUGACUGUGACAAUAAUGCUACUUGUCUGGACAGGGAUGGAGGCUAUGACUGUGAAUGUAAUGAUGGCUACACUGGCAACGGAACAUACUGUGAAGAUGUUGAUGAAUGUCUAGAUGCAAGCCAGAAUAAUUGUAGUACUAAUGCCAACUGUACUGAUACCUUUGGAAGCUAUGUCUGUGCCUGUUUACCUGGAUAUACUGGUGAUGGCGUUCUUUGUAGUGAUGUUGAUGAAUGUGCUGAUGGAAAUGACUCAUGUCAUAGCAACGCCAACUGUUCUAACGUCAUUGGAAGCUAUAACUGUGACUGUUUUCCUGGGUUUACUGGAGAUGGUUUCGGUUGCUCCAACAUUAAUGAAUGUGCCGAUAUGAAUGAGAAUAACUGCAGUGUAUAUGCAAACUGCACUGACACUAUUGGGAGUUAUGACUGCACAUGCUCAGCUGGUUACACUGGAGAUGGGUAUUUAUGUGAUGAUUUUGAUGAAUGCUCAGAAACAGAGGAUAUUCCAUGCCAUUCUAAUGCAAACUGCAGCAAUACAUUUGGCAGCUUCUCGUGUGAAUGUCUAGCUGGGUAUUCUGGUGAUGGCAUGACAUGCAAAGAUAUCAAUGAGUGUGACGUGGGUAUGGAUAAUUGUGAUGAAGAGAGAGGAAUAUGCAAUAACACUGAUGGAUCAUACACAUGUAGCUGUGAACUGGGCUUCUCCGGUGAUGGAAUCAACUGCAGUGACAUUGAUGAAUGUUUUGAAGGAUCAGAUGAGUGUGACUCUCAUGCGGACUGCACUAAUACCAUUGGAAACUAUGAGUGUACUUGCGCUAUUGGCUACACUGGAAAUGGAAUCACAUGUGACUGCAGAGAUGGGGAGAUUCUUCUGUAUGAUGGUAGUACACUCUCCACCAACCACUCCAAUGGAACUGUACUGGUUUGUCUGGACAAUGAGUAUGGUACUGUGUGUGAUGACUGGUGGGACCCUCUGGAUGCCACUGUUGUGUGUACUCAGCUGGGAUUCUCAGCUACUGGCUCUCUGCCAGUGGUCCGCUCUGGUCUGGGUAGUCCUCCUAACAGGUCUAUCUUCCUGGACAAUGUGGUGUGUACUGGAGGAGAGGGCAACCUCACAGAGUGUGGCUACACCACCAUCACUAACUGUGACAGAUCUGAGGAAGCUGGAGUCAGAUGUGAAAGCACUUGUGUGGAAGGCGAUGUUAGACUUGCAAUUGAGAACCUAACUGAGUUUUACACUUCAGUCACUGAGUAUGAAGACUAUUAUUUCAUUAAAGAUGAAUUAGCAAGAGGCAGAGUUGAAGUUUGUAUUGGAGGGAAGUAUGGGACUAUUUGUGACAGCCAAUGGGAUGACAAGCUUACCCCUGCUGUUAUCUGCUCUCAGCUUGGGUUCUCAUAUUUUGGGGCGAUACCUGUGUCUAGUGGUGCAUUUGGUGAUGAUAUUGAAUCAGCCGUCCUCUAUGACAUUGAUUGUUUGGGCAAUGAGACUGGAGUACUGAAUUGCCCCCUUUCUCACUCUGGAACCUGCCCUGAACACAGUGCCACUGUUAUUUGUCAAGACGAAGUUGGUGUUGUGGAUGUGACUCAGUUUCCUGGGGAUCCAAUUGGGCCGAUAUUCAUGGAUGAUAUUAGUUGUAAUGGUGAAGAGGAGACACUGUUAGACUGUGGGUUCACACUACUACAGAUGUGCAGUCACACACAUGAUGUUGGUGUCAUCUGCCAUCUCAAGAAUGCUGGGUUUGGAAGUGGAUUCUCUCGUCCCAUCCUCAUUGAUGAUGUCACGUGCAUUGGUGUUGAAGGCAACGUACUGGACUGUUCCUAUGACUCUGUCAGUAACUGUGACCACUCAGAGGACGCUGGAGUCAUCUGUGGUGCAGUCUGUCGCCGUGGAACUGUUAGACUGGCUAUUGGAGAUGUGAACCAACUUUACCAAAGCUUGGAAGAUGUAGAAAACAGUUAUUUCAUCAAGGACGAAUUGGCGAGGGGCAGAGUUGAAGUUUGCAUCGGGGGAAGAUAUGGCACAGUCUGUGAUAAAUCCUGGGACUUUGAGGAUGCAUCUGUUGUCUGUUCACAGCUUGGAUUUUCAUCCAAUGGAGCAAUUGCCAUCACUGGGGGUCAAUUCAGUAAUGCCUCAGUCUCAGUUGUGAUUGGCAGAGUAGAGUGCAUUGAAGAGGAUUCUCGACAGGGAACUAUCCAGAUCUGUAUCAAUAAUGCCUGGGGCUCUGUGUGUAGCGACAACUUCUUUGAUACUACAGAUGCAGCAGUGUUUUGCAGCGAACUCGAUGGGUUCAGCGACAGUGAUGUAAAUGAAUGUGGGGCCGGGACAGCAGAAUGCCACAGCAAUGCUACUUGCACUAACACAGUUGGAUCAUACAACUGUACAUGUGUCUAUGGAUAUGUUGGUGACGGAAAGAAUUGCAUGAGGAUAAAUCUGUGUGAAGUAGGACCCAUUGACUGCCACACUAAUGCUACCUGUCUGGACAGAGAUGGAGGCUACAACUGUGAAUGUAAUGAUGGCUACACUGGCAAUGGAACAUACUGUGAAGAUAUUGAUGAGUGCAAAUCGGGGAAUAAUUCAUGUCACACUGAUGCAAGCUGCAGAAACACUGUAGGGAGCUACACAUGUGAAUGCCAUCCAGGGUUUUAUGGCGAUGGAUACACUUGUACAAAUGUAGAUGAGUGUGCAAAUUCAAGCCAGAACAACUGCAGUCUCGACGCAAACUGCACUGAUACCAUUGGAAGCUACGAGUGUACCUGUCUAACUGGCUACACAGGAGAUGGCGUUUUGUGUAUUGAUGUGAAUGAGUGCACUAACACAACUCCGUGUCACAGUAAUGCUAACUGCAGCAACACGAUUGGUAGUUUCAUAUGCACAUGUGUGGCUGGGUACUCUGGAGAUGGACUAUCUUGCAAUGAUAUCGAUGAAUGCACACUGGGUACUGAUGAUUGUCAUGGAAAAGCGCAGUGCAACAAUACCCUCGGAUCCUAUCAAUGCAUCUGUGAAGUAGGCUAUGCUGGUGAUGGAUAUAACUGCUCAGAUAUUGAUGAAUGUUUAGAGGACAUAGAUUUGUGCGACUCUCAUGCUGAUUGUGGGAAUACAAUUGGUAGUCAUGAAUGUACGUGCACAGUAGGAUACACAGGGAAUGGACUCAGUUGUGAUUGCAGAGAUGGGGAGAUUCUUCUGUAUGAUGGUAGUACACUCUCCACCAACCACUCCAAUGGAACUGUACUGGUUUGUCUUCACAAUGAGUAUGGUACUGUGUGUGAUGACUGGUGGGACCCUCCGGAUGCCACUGUUGUGUGUACUCAGCUGGGAUUCUCAGCUACUGGCUCUCUGCCAGUGGUCCGCUCUGGUCUGGGCAGUCCUCCUAACAGGUCUAUCUUCCUGGACAAUGUGGUGUGUACUGGAGGAGAGGGCAACCUCACAGAGUGUGGCUACACCACCAUCACUAACUGUGACAGAUCUGAGGAAGCUGGAGUCAGAUGUGAAGCCACAUGUACAGACGGUGAUGUCAGACUUGGUAUUGAUAACUUUACUGAGUUUUACGUCUCCAUUGAUGAGAAAGAGGAGUACUAUUUCGUUAAGGAUGAGUUAGCCAGGGGCAGGAUUGAGGUGUGUGUUGGUGGCAGCUAUGGAACAGUGUGUGGUGACAGUUGGUCCGACAAGGAUGCUUCUGUUGUCUGUUCUCAGCUGGGAUUUUCAAAAUACGGAGCAAAUGCCGUGUCUAGCGGUGCAUUUGGAGAUAACUUACAGUCUACGGUGCUGUAUGAGGUCAACUGCGCUGGAAAUGAGACCGAAAUACUGAGUUGCUCCCCAACAUUCUCUGGCACAUGCACUGAGCACAGUGCUGCUAUCAUUUGCCAAGACCGUGCCACAGAGCUGUCAAACUGCAGUAAUGGGGAGUUGAGACUCAUUGGAGCUGCCACUAGU